AUGGGGUGGUCUUUCUCCAUAUCUGUUGUGCUGUUUCUUGCCCUUCUCUUUCAGAUACAUGGAAGUGGUAGAAGCUUUGCAGAGAAUGGUUGUGAUUUGUUCCAAGGAAGUUGGGUCUAUGAUGAUUCAUACCCUCUUUAUGAAAGUUCACUGUGUCCUUUCAUAGAGAAGCAAUUUGAUUGUAGAAAUAAUGGUAGACCUGAUAAGUUCUAUCUCAAGUAUAGAUGGCAACCAACAGGGUGCAAUUUAACCAGAUUCAAUGGUGAAGAUUUCUUAAUGAGACUGAAAGGGAAGAGUCUCAUGUUUGUGGGAGACUCUUUGAGUUUGAAUCAAUGGCAGUCACUCACUUGCAUGCUUCACACAGCUUUACCACAUGCCCCAUACAACAUAGUGAGGAAUGAAGGUGUCUCCAUUCUCACCUUCCCGAGCUACAAUGUUAAGUUGAUGUUCUCACGCAACGCAUUCCUGGUGGACAUUGUUGGUGAAAAGAUUGGUCGAGUUCUAAAACUAGAUUCAAUUGAAGCUGGGGAAACGUGGAAAGGAAUAGAUGUGUUGAUAUUUGACUCUUGGCAUUGGUGGGUUCACACAGGAAGAAAACAACCAUGGGAUUUCAUUCAAGAUGGGAAUAGAACAGUUAGAGAUAUGGAUCGAUUGGUUGCGUAUGAGAAAGCAUUGAAUACAUGGGCCAAAUGGGUUGAUGCCAAUGUUAACCCUACCCAAACUAGGGUUUUCUUCCAAGGGGUCUCUCCAGAUCAUGCCAAUGGACAUGAGUGGGGUGCAUCUGCAGCAAGCACUUGUGAGGGACAAACUAGGCCAAUUUUGGGAUCCAGGUAUCCAGGAGGAACUCAACCAGCAGAGUUGGUAUUAGAGAAAGUGUUGAGAUCGAUGCAAAAGCCAGUGAGUUUGUUGGACAUUGCUACCCUUUCACAGCUGAGAAAAGAUGGCCACCCUUCUGUUUAUGGGUUUGGAGGGUAUAGGGGCUUAGAUUGCAGCCACUGGUGUCUAGCUGGUGUUCCUGAUACUUGGAAUGUGCUUCUCUAUGCUCUUCUCAUUCAAAAAUGA